UACUAACCAACUCCUCUUGCAACUGUUUUCUCCAAUUCUUGCUUGUAACACUGUUUAUUCUUAGGAGCUAGUCUAUAAGGAGAAGAAGCUCAAAAGGGAUAAUAGUAUGGCAUUUUCAAUCUCAACAUCCGUCAAGCCUUUUCACUGUGUUAGCUCUUCAGAUUUAACCUCUGCUCCAUCGUCAUCACCCUUUAGGCCUUUCAAAUUCCCUUCUUUCUGGCCAUGGCAAAAGGUGAAGAUGGGCCCACUGACUGUGUCUCCAAUGGGGUUUGGGACAUGGGCGUGGGGAAAUAAGCUUUUGUGGGGUUAUCAAGAAUCAAUGGACACUGAACUUCAAAAGACUUUCAAUUUGGCCGUAGAAAAUGGAAUCAAUCUUUUUGAUACUGCUGAUUCUUAUGGGACUGGAAGGUUAAAUGGGCAGAGCGAAAAGCUUCUUGGAAAGUUCAUUCAAGAAUAUCCAGGAAAGAGGAUGCAAGAUGAUAUUGUGAUUGCUACAAAAUUUGCUGCAUAUCCAUGGCGUCUCACACCAGGGCAAUUUGUCGCAGCUUGCAGGGGAUCACUGGAAAGGUUGCAACUUGAGCAAAUAGGCAUAGGUCAAUUACAUUGGUCAACUGCAAACUAUGCUCCUCCACAAGAAUUAGCUCUUUGGGACGGUUUAUUGGCAAUGUUUGAGAAGGGCUUAGUUCGAGCUGUUGGAGUUAGCAAUUAUGGUCCAAAGCAACUUGUAAAGAUACAUGAUUACCUCAAAGCCCGAGGAGUACCCCUAUGCUCAGCACAGGUGCAAUUUUCUUUGCUAAGCAUGGGAAACGAUCAGAUGGAAAUCAAGAAUAUAUGUGAUUCUUUGGGAAUUCGCUUGAUUGCUUAUAGUCCUUUAGGACUUGGAAUGCUUACUGGGAAAUAUACAUCUUCAAAUCUUCCUCUCGGCCCUAGGGGCCUGCUAUUCAGACAAAUCCUUCCUGGAUUGGAGCCUUUACUGAGUGCACUAAGAGAAAUUGCACAGAAAAGGCGUAAAACUCUGCCACAGGUUGCUAUAAACUGGUGCAUCUCGAAUGGCGCCAUUCCCAUCCCAGGAGUUAAGACGAUAAAACAAGCAGAGGAAAAUUUGGGCGCUCUUGGUUGGCGACUAAGUUCAGAUGAGUUGCUUCAGUUAGAAGUCGCAGCUCGUGAGUCUCCCCAGAAAAUGAUCCAAAACAUUUUUCAAACCAGAUAGAUGACUUUGACCACCAUCAAGCCUGUGGAUGUAGCAGGAUGAAAAUGAGUUAGUGUUGGUGAGGGUGCUUCUUCUCACUAAUUUUGUUUUUGGUUGGAAUUAAAACAUGUCUUUAUCAUCUAGAGAAUUCUGUAGCAAAUAUUUUAGCCCUGUCACAAGUUUAUGGAGGAGAAGAUGAAAUCAAUUCUGUGUAUCUUCAAUACUUGUUACUGUCUAUACAUUCAAACUAAAGUGUAAAGUAGCUUAGCUAGAAAGUUGUAGCUUAGACCAAGUCAACAGUUUACAUUGUAUAUUAUAUCUGCCAUUUGCUCACUAGACUUCAGAGUCUUGAUAACACCAUUCAAUACCUAUUCUCUUAUAAAAUGGAUAUCUAUUUCAAUAUA